AUGCAGUUGCGCAACGCCGGUCUCGAAUACUUUGAUAGGUUCCAAGAGGCGCUCUUCGUCAAUAUUUUUGGUCUGCCCUCUGGUGACAGAAACCGAGUGCGUCGCGGACGACGCGCUACCUUCAUGUAUCCGCAAUGGGCGAACCACGUCCAGAUAGAAUGUGUCGCCCGCGCUAUGCGGUGUCGGAUACGCGUGUUCGGCAUGUGGCCCGAUGUAUAUAGUCUCGCCGUAAGACUCGCAGAACCUUUGACGCUGGAACAACUGGACCUCCUGUGCUCGACGGUAGACGAUGGGCAACUACGGAGGCGGAGAAGUCAUUACGUAAACGAUGAUCCGAACAACUACGACAGAACCAUUUCAUUGAUAAACUGGACGGACACACACUUUGGAGUUGUCUUGCCACACGUGAGGGGCAGGCCGAGGCAACGUGUGAGUGCUAGCGGGAAUAUACCCCCUGCGAAUGUCAGUUAUGGAGAGGCUCUGCAGGUGACACAAAGGCUCGCUGGACGCGAGGCGAUACUCGUGAGGGAGAGGCGGGAGAGAGCGGACCGAGAAAGACAGAUGAGGGGCAGGAGUGCGGCAGGAGUACGGCAGAGUGCUACGGAUAGGAUGACCACGGCCACCAUCAAGACGAGGAAACUGCUCGUAGAUAGCCCGGACGCGGAUGACUUUCUGAUCGUCUCCAACGGUGUGCAACUGGUGACGAACGUGCUCGUAGACGGGUCCCUCUCCGCGUCGGUCCCCGUGAUGACCUUGCAAGCAGGAACGAUUCAGUGCUUCGGCAGCAACGGCGACGCCUGGUUCCUCUCGCGUGCGGCGGACGGGACGGUCUCGCUCGGGCAGAACGUAGCGGGGUCUCGCCGUGCACUGGCAUCGCUCGCGUGCUCAGUGGACGACGGUGCAUCUGGAUUGGGAACGUUGAGCGUCAGGUCUCUACAGAAUGUCGACCAGGCCGGUCGUUACCCAUUUCGGACGCGCAUUGACACCGACAAGAGUCUGGUGACGCAGUGCUCCACCGACGGCACGGCUUGGACGACGAUACGGAGAGAUGCUGCUUCCAUCGCUACCUUUGCGCAAUCCAUCCUCCCCGCAUCGGGCAAUCUCAACGUGGGGACCGGCAGCAACCGCUGGCUUGGACUGUAUGCUUCCAACGUAGAUGCGGAUACGAUCGCAUGUGGGGCCGCGACGUUCUCGUGUAAUCUAUCGGUUUCGGGCGAUGCUUCGGUCGGGGGGUCGUUGCAGGCGAGCAGUGCCGUGGUGGGAGGGAGUUUAGCGGUGACGGGUCCCGUCGCUCUAUCGAACGCUCUGACGGGCACCUCUGCGACGUUUUCUAGCAACGUGACCAUCGCUGGAUCGUUCUCAUAUUCCAACCUCGCACUCAGUGGGAGUUUAUCCGUGGCUGGUCUCACUACUAUUUCAAACACUCUGAGAGCCACUUCGGCGACGUUCUCCAGUAAUGUGACCGUGUCUGGAACUUCUACUCUCUCGAGCGAUGCGAACAUCAGAGGAGCCCUUGCUGUGACCGGGCCACUCACUCUUUCCAGCGCCCUUUGGGGAAAUUCGGCGUCUUUCUCAGGUAAUCUAAGCGUUUCUGGAGCUACGACUCUCUCCAGCAAUACUACGGUGGGAGGAAGCUUGGCAGUAACCGGCCCCGUGACUCUGUCCAGCACGCUAGGAGGCACUUCUGCGACUCUCUCUAGCAACCUGACCGUCUCUGGAUCUACGACUGUAUCGGGCGCUCUGGGCGGAACAACAGCAGCUUUUUCCAGCAACCUCAGCGUCUCUGGAGUUACGACGCUAUCGGGCGCUCUGGGAGGCAGCUCUGCUACCUUUUCGAGCAAUCUGACCGUCUCUGGUACUUUUACUCUCUCCAGCAAUGCGACGGUAGGCGGAAGCUUGUAUGUCAGCGGGCCCGUCACCCUCUCUAGUACCCUGGGAGCCACGUCGGCUACUUUUUCCAGCAACAUGAGCGUCGCCGAAAUAACCUCUGGAACCCUAUCAGCGAGCGGACCGGUCACUCUCUACAACACCCUCGGAGCCACCUCCGCCACGUUUUCGAACAACGUGUCGAUUGGCGGCACCCUGUCGGUAGCGAGCAAUCUGGCGGUCACCGGCCCCGCCACCUUUGCAUCCAACAUCACCAUCUCAAACACCGAUCCGAUCAACUCUCACAAGACGUGGGCCUCUUGGACCCCAUCUUCUGAUUCUAACGCGACGUUAACGACUUUCUUCGCGAGAUACACGUCGAUCAAUAAGAGAGUCACGGUCGCUUACUCGCUGAGUUUCACUGUCGCGUCGUCCGUGGCCAGUACCAGCAUCUCCCUGCCUCCAGGACAUUCAGUUGCGUAUUCGGCACAACGCACGCAGAUCUUCAGCAAGAACGGCGGGUCGAACAUCUACGUGACAAGCUACGGGAGUAUCACCGUUCCGACCGCAGGGACUGCGACAGGUCUGGUCACGGCCGACAGCACUACUUCUCGGCUAGUAUUUGCCCUCACGAACUUCUUGGCGGGUACCUGGACUGCAUCAGGUACCUUGGAUUAUGAGAUCGCUUGA